AUUGGAGACGCUACUCUGAAAGAUUUGGGAGAGAAGCAGUUUCUUACAGUUAAAUCUAAAGCAGUUCUUCCUUAUCACGGAUUAUGUUGGCACAACGUAUUGAAAGUGAUUCAAAAUAAUUGCGAUAAGUUGAAUGACAAUGAGCACUCGCUCUUGGCUUUAAGUUUAGCUAACUGUUUUUUAGAAGAUUCUGGCCAUGAUACCUACACGUGUCACUUGAAAGAUGAUGAAGCAGAGAGAAGAAAAUGUAUCAACGAAAUGUCGGACAGGGCCUUCAGCGCAUAUAACAAAUUUUAUAUUUAUGCAUCUCAUAUGUGCUUUUUUUUAAAUCACGAAGUCUGGCAAGCAGAAACUCAGUCUACAAUUAAACAUUUGUACGAAGCAUCAUCACUCAUGAAAGAACAAUUAUCAGAAGCUUCGCAGAUGCAAGGCGUUAUGUUAGAGAGUCAAAAAGAAGGACUUAAAAUACAAAACAAACUCUUGAACAAUGGCAAGAAAUUGGAAAAUGUUAUACAAAGUUCAACUGCAUCAGUGACAAGUAUGGUUUCAAACUUCAAAGAAUCUGUGAAAGACCAAAAAGAACUUCUUUUUCAAAUAUUUGCUUACUUGAAGACAUUUCAAAAUUGGAUUAUUAGUGAAGUCUCGUGGUUUCAGUCGAUCAUUUAUUAUACUGUCAGCUGCAUAGUAUCUGCGCUGUUUACAGCAUCAAAAAAAACCACAAAUGCACGCAUAGUUUUAUUUGUAACACUGAGCUUUAAUGUAAUCAUAGAGAGAAUCUUAGUACAGUAUUACAACAACAUUCCAGACAUAAUGAGCGAUGAUAAAAUAGAUUUAAUAUAUAGUAUUUGGUUUGUCAGAAAAAUUUGUAUAUGUGUAUGUAUAUUCAGUCUACUUUAUAAUUAUUUUUCCUACAAGGACGAGCAGAUAGAAAAUUUUAAAGCUUUAAAAAGGAUUGAGGAUCGUUUGGACUCCUUGCAUAAUGUUUCACUUGUUACUGAAACUCCCGCAAUCAGAUACUCUAAAAGAAUAGCUUUGAAACGGUUGAAAAAUAGUUUAGAAGUAUCAACGGAAUCCACGGAAAAUUCGUUGGAACCUAAGUCUAAAUAA